AUGAAUUUGAACAUUACAAAUAAUCAACCGAAGGUUCCAUUGAAUUCAAGACUUGUUGGUAAUACCAGCGGGAACAGUGUUAAAGCCAUUGUUGCAAAUGAUACAAGUUUCGAACGCAUUGCAAAAACCUUACAACUAUUGGUAAAAUACCUUUUACGCGCGUCAAGUAAACCUAUUGUUGAUAAAGAUAAGCGAAAAACUUUACUUGAUAAUGAAUUCGCUGAUACUGAUUUAUCUACACACGAACGACAAAUGCACGAGUAUUGUAUAAAGAUAUUGGGAAGUCGAAUGACUCCUUCGAAGGUAAAUGAUGAAAUACACGUAUCAGAACUUAUAAAGAAGAAAUUAAUUCGAGAAAACAAAUCAACGGAACAAGCAUUAAGAUUCACAACUUUGUUCGCAAAACUGCAAUCUCAGUCGAUGUUGACGCAAAGAUGGGCUAUUUUAUAUUUUUUAUUGUCAAUCAGUGAUUCUUCUACAACUCGAGAUACUAUACCUUUAGAUUAUGUAUUCUCUUCUGGAGGUCUAUAUGAACCUACAGUAAAAGAAACAUCAGAAGACUCCCAAAAUCGAUUUAUGCCCAAUAUUCCAUCUUCAUCAACAGCCUCAGGAGCCAAACUAAAAACUCCAAUAUCAAAUGAAAAUCCUCCAACAGCUGAGGAAAGUUUGCCACCAGAUGAAAUUCUACGUAAUCAAUCAACAGCGAAACAUGAAAUUUCUGAAGAUCUUUUGUUACGAGAUAUCGUAUUUGUCUUUCAAGGGAUUGAUGGUCAAUAUAUUAAAUUUAAUAGAGAAACCGAUUCUUACAAUAUAGAUCCAAAGAUUAUUGUGAAUCGUCCAACGCGUGAUCUUGUAAUCAAAUUAUCAGAGAUGGGAUUAUUAUAUGGAAAAGUUGAUAAUUUUGUGAAAAAUAAAAUAAAUGAUUCAUCAAUUGGAUUAGUUGGACAGGCGUUCUGUUCCGCGUUACAACGGGAGCUGACUGAUUAUUUUAGAUUAAUGGCUAUAUUAGAAACACAAAUCACUAAAAAAGUAGAAACUGGAUCAUCUAAAGGAGGUCUUUCACUGAAAAGAGUUUUAGUAUGGACACAAGAUUCAUUGGCUAAAUUACGAAUAAUGUCUGUACUCGUGAAUCAUUGUAAGGAACACAGAGGAGGUGCUUUAGUCUCAAUUAUUUACAAAUAUACAAAUCAUGGUGACCCAUUCACUCAAAAGUUUAUUAAUGAUAUGCUUGAAGAGGUUUCCAGACCAUUCUAUGAAAUGUUGACGCGUUGGAUCUAUGAAGGAGAAUUAGAAGAUCCUUUCGAGGAAUUUUUUGUGAAAUGCGAUGAUGAUGUAGAAGAGGAGAAGCUUUGGCAGUUGAAAUAUUCAAUACGUUCAGAUAUGCAACCUACUUUUAUCAGUACAACACUUGCAAAAAAGAUAUUUUCCAUUGGCAAAUCAUUGAAUUUUAUUCGUUAUAGUUGUCAUGAUAGUGAUUGGGUAUCAACUCAAAAUCAAGAAACUGGAUCUGAAAAAUUGUUAAAAUAUGGUGAUAUUAUUGCACUAGAGAAUUCGAUAGAUGCCACAUAUACCGCGACAAGCAAGCGACUAUUAAAUAUCUUAUAUUCUAAGUAUAAAUUAAUGGAGCAUCUUACAGCAUUGAAACGAUACUUAAUAUUAGGUCAAGGUGACUUUAUACAGUAUUUAAUGGGUCAAUUAGGACCAGGACUAUCAAAUCCCGCAAAUACUCUUCAUCGCCAUAAUCUUACGGGAACAUUAGAAGCAGCUAUUCGUGCAUCUAAUGCACAAUAUGACGAUCCUGAAAUUCUUCGCCGAUUGGAUGUUAGACUAUUGGAGGUUUCUCCCGGUGAAUGUGGCUGGGAUGUUUUCAGUUUGGAUUAUCACGUUGAUUCUCCGAUCAAUACAAUCUUUACCCCACAAGCAAUGGAAGAAUAUCUCAGACUAUUUAAUUUUCUGUGGCGCUUAAAACGUGUAGAAUACGGACUUUCGGAUGCAUGGCGCCGACAAACUACUAGCGCUAGAAAUUUGGCUGAAAUCGAAGAAUUAAAAAGGGACAUAAAUUCUAGUCGAGUUGUUUGUAAUGAAAUGAUUCAUUUUGUUUAUCAACUUCAAUAUUAUAUUUUAUUUGAGGUGAUUGAAUGUUCCUGGGAUGAACUUGUGACUGAUAUCGAGAAAAAAUCGGGGGAUUUAGAUUCUUUGAUUGAGGCACAUAAUAGAUACCUAAAUAACAAUUAUUUGGAGAGAGUAUCGACGAUCAUUGCAUAUAUAUUGCAGUAUAUGAUUGCUCUGGAAGAACUUUAUAAGUUUGCGGCAAAUUCUGAUAAUUAUGAAUUUAAAUACAAAAGAAAUAAUGCCAUUCGAGUGCCAGAUAAUCUUAAAGACACACUUAAACCUAUACAGCAAAAAUUAGCCGAUAUAUCGUUGAACUUUAAGGCAAUUAAUGAGUUGAUGAACUUUUUGACCUCGUUAGCUCAUCAUCAUGAUACUGAUUUACGUUUCUUGAGCGUUCGACUUGACUUUAACGAAUUUUAUCACCAUGCUUCCGAGAAAGAAGGCAAUAACAAUAAGGGUAAAAGAGUAUAG